GUGCAGAAAUUGGGCUGUUUCGUAAAAGUUGUCAUCGACUUGAACUUGGUGUGCAACCAGUUCAGUUGUAGUUUUCUUCCAUUUCUGUCGUAGAAAAUGUCGAUCGCAAAGCUCUUGAAAACCUUCAACAAAGUCAUCCCCUCAAACCCCACUUCGAUAUCGAACCAAGAAAUAAUUGCCGAAAAGCUAGCUAAAACCCUUGUGAGCUCGGGCCUUAAACCCCUUCAGGCCACACCAUCCCUGCUCUCCAAUCUCGAUUCCCACAUAAUCCACCUUGUUCUCUCAAACCCACAUGUCCCACCUCAUUCUUGCUUGAGUUUCUUCAAAUUUUUGCAAAAAAAUCAAUCUUUAACUCCACAAAAACCUGAUCUUCGAGCCCAUGUAACUCUUGUUUGUAGGUUACAUGGGGCUCGAAAGUUUGCUGAAAUGAAGAAUAUAUUGAAUUGUAUUGUGGCUGAUGAUAAUCUCCGAUGCCCGGUUUCCAUUAUUGUUUCGUUGGUUGAGGAGGAUGGGUUUAAUGAGCCUAAAUUUGUUGGGAAAUUGUGUGAUAUGCUAAUGAGGGUUUACUCGGAUGAUAGAAUGUUUGAAGAGGCUGUUGGGGUGUUUGAUUAUAUGGAGAAGAAUGGGUUUGAGAUUGAGGAAAGGUCUUGCUUUGUGCUUUUGCUUGCUUUGAAGAGGUGUGAUAGGGUGGAGCUGUGUUUCGAGUUCUUUCAUCGAAUGGUUGAGUCGGGUGUUGAGAUUACGGUUUAUGCAAUGACUAGUGUGAUUGAUGGGUUGUGCAAGAGAGGAGAGGUUGAAAGGGGUAGGGAGUUGAUGGCUGAAGUUGUUGGUAGAGGGAUUAAACCCAAUGUGAUCACUUACAACACAUUUGUGAAUGCAUAUGUUGAAAGAAAGGAUUUUGGGGGUGUGAAUGAGAUGUUGAGCAUGAUGGAGAGGGAUCAAGUGGCUUACAAUGUAGCGACUUAUACAAUUUUGAUUGAAUUGUAUGGGAGUUGUGGCAAGAUUGAAGAGGCAGAGAGGUUGUUUGAGGAAAUGUGUAAGAAAGGGAUAAAAGCAGAUGUUCAUGUUUAUACUUCAAUUAUCAGUUGGAAUUGUAGAUUGGGAAAUAUGAAAAGGGCAUUUGUGUUGUUUGAUGAAUUAACUGAGAGAGACCUUGUUCCUAAUGUGCAUACUUAUGGCGCUCUAAUUAAUGGUUCAUGCAAGGCGGGGCAGAUGGAAGCGGCGGAAAUCUUGGUAAAUGAGAUGCAAAGCAAAGGACUUGACCUGAAUCAAGUGGUAUUUAAUACAUUGAUGGAUGGGUAUUGCAAAAGGGGGAUGAUAAAUGAAGCUCUAAGAUUGAAGGGUGUCAUGGAAAAUAAAGGACUUGAGGCUGAUACAUUUACUUAUAACAUAAUUGCUGGAGGGUUGUGUAAAUUGAAUCGGCAUGAGGAAGCGAAAACGUUGUUAUUCACAAUGGUAGAAAGGGGUGUGGCUCCAAAUACAGUGACUUUGACUACCUUGAUUGACAUAUAUUGCAAAGAAGGAAACUUUGUAGAGGCAAAGAGGGUGUUCAGUGAGAUGGAAAAGAAGGGAGUGAAACCAAAUACAGUUACAUACAAUGCUUUAAUUGAUGGGUAUAGCAAGAAAGGAAAGAUGAAAGAAGCUCAUAGGCUAAAAGAUGAGAUGGAAGAUAAGGGUAUAAAGCUGGACACAUAUACAUACACAUCUCUUAUACAUGGGGAAAGUGUUCAUGGGAAGGUAGAUAUGGCACUAAAACUGUUUGAUGAAAUGUCUUGGAAGGGUUUAGUUCGGACUGUAGUCACUUACACAGCAAUGAUCUCAGGCUUAUCUAAGGAGGGGAGAUCAGAUGAAGCUUUUAGAUUGUAUGAUGAGAUGAUGAAGUUGGGCCUUACACCUGAUGAUAGAGUAUAUUCUUCACUUGUGAGCAGCCUUCAUACUGCCAGGCCUUAGAUUUGGAGGGUUCAUCACCAAUAACCGUUUAAAGGAUUCUAGACCACAAAAAGAAUUCAGUUUCACAUUUCUGCUGGCAGUAAAAAGUGAAAGAAGAGAGCUAAUAUGAGUUAGCAACACAUAUUUAGUUUGUUUUGCGUCUCUAGUAGAAACUAUUUAUGGGCUUAUAUAGGAGUUCUCUUCGAAAGGAAGAAGUUUCAGUCCCACAUUAUUCUCACCAAUGGGAGUGUACCAGAGCAAAAGGUUGGUUGAAUGUAUUAUCUGAACAGGAAGACCUUGAGGAGAAGUUGGAACUGGCCCAAGGAUCGAAAGCUAGACCUUGAACUUAACAAACUGAACUUGUUCUGCAGUUGCGGGCACUGUAUGUUCUUUUAAAUAAUUAGUUACAACAAAGGGGGGGAGAAUUUGAAAUAUCAUGCAGUACCAGUUGAGCUACAAGGCUCUUGGCGAUGUAUUACUAUUCUGCAACAAGCUAAAAUUUGUAAUGGUAAAUGAGAAAACCUUAAGUUGCCAUUGCUAAAACACUGUCAGUAACAAAGUGCCUUGACUCAAAUAACACUUCCUCCUCAUACAAACCUGAGUGAGGGUAAGGUUGUGGGUUUAAAACCCACUGGUGGUGUGUGUAAGUGUAACUUACAAUAGUUAGGUGUGUUUCAUGUAGUCAUGUGUUGAUGUGUGUUUGUAUUUGAAUGUAAUAUAUAUAUAUAUAUAUAUAUAUAUAUGGAGGGUUUUGGCAAAUGAUCUUCUAAGCAAGGUCCGUAAAUUGUAUAUUCUGAGUUUUGUCCUCCAUAGGCAAAUAUCAUUUUACUCAUUUUCUGUUCUACACAAGAAUGAUCACAUCUUGUGCAUUUGAGCUUCCAUAACCACAAUAUAUAUUCACUUGUAUAUUAUAUUUCUAUUUGUGGCCAUGUAGUUUUAUGUGGAAGAAUGACUUGUGGUGUUUAUACUUCUCCACUCAUGUUAUCUUCAUUUUUCUCUUGCCAGGUUCCUCUCCUGGUGAUCAAUUAUGACCUUCCAAACAAUCCUGAGCUUUACAUUCGUCGGAUUGGUUGUUCUGGUCCUCAAGGAAGAAAGUUGAUCUGGGCAUUGUCGAAACCGACUUUUCAAUGUUUGUGGGUUGUUGCAAUAAACUUGGCCAAAGCUGAUGAAAUCAAAAUCCUACAAGACUUAGAGCAGUACUACGAUACUCAUAUUGAUGAAGUGCCGAGCAAUAUUGAUCUAAUAUAAGUCUUGCUAGCCAUCUUGUGUGUUGAUGCAUGACAUUUUUGCGGUUGACAUAAUUUUUGUUUUGAUGGUUUAUACUUCAUACGGUGGAGGGUGAGAUGACAUUCUCUGGUGUACAACAUUACAUAUAUAUGUUAGAGUUGGAUUCCCUCCAUUAACGUCCAUGUGAUUGGGAUUUCUCUGCAAUGUUCUCACAUUGUAUGGGGGAUGGGACAUUGUAUUUUGUAAGGGGUUUAGUUUCAGUGAUUUGCUAGGUUUUUGUGAUGAUAAGGGAUAUCUCUGUUGGUUUGUUUCUCUCAUUAU